AUGACAGCCGUCAAACGAUCGGAAGACCAGGGUUUCCUGCCCUAUCAAACAUCAUGUGCCGUUAUUGCAGCACUGGCUGGUCUCAAUGUCGGUUGGCAUAUUAGUGUACCCAACAUGCCGCAAACCGUCAUUACCAGCUGCAACAUUGAACACACCGGAGGUGGUUUACCUCCAUGCCUUCCCAUGUCAGAUUACGUUUGGGGUCUCACUGUUGGUUUAUAUGCUAUCGGUGGUCUCAUUGGUUCUUUGAGCACUAUGUUCACCAACAUGUGGUUUGGCAGACGUUCAAACAUCAUGCUCUGCACCAUAUUUACUUUGAUUGGUGGUAUCUUCUCUGCAUUGGCCGUUAACACUGGCAUGUACAUCGUCGGUCGCAUUUUAGUCGGUAUUGGCUCUGGCUUAGCAGGCUCUUGCGUUCCUAUCUACGUGAGCGAGAUCGCAACGAAAAAAACUCGUGGCGCCCUUGGAAGUUUCUUUGAAUUGUUUCUCAACUUUGGCAUUCUAUUCACUCAAGUUGCAGGCCUUUACCUCAGCAAAGUCCCUGACUGGCGAUUCCUUUGGGUUAUUCCCUCAAUUUUGGCACUUGCCCAACUACUUUUGUUGAUUUUCUUCACUGUUGAAUGCCCUCGUCGCCUCUGUGCUAACAAGCAAUACGAAAAAGCUAAAAUCGCUCUCCAAAAGCUUCGUGGCGAUGCUGAUAUUGAAAGAGAAUUCAAUAAUCUUCUCGAAGCACGAAAGCGCGAUGAACAUCGUCGUCAAAUGACCAUCUGGGAAGUCGUUUCCGGCAAGGACAAGUACGUCUUGAUCAACACCAUCUACGUUAUGGUCCUUCUCGCUUACAACCAAAUCGGAGGAGUUGGUCCUAUGAGUGUCUACUCUGUCAGCUUCUUCACAAAGAUUUUCAAUGGCGAUACUGGCAUGGCCACCAAUCUUUCCCUUAUCGAUGCCGCUGUCAACAUUGUCGCCACCUUGAUCGCUGUCUUCUUCAUGAACAAGGUCGGCCGCAAAGGCUUUAUGCUUAUUUCCACUGCUGGUAUGACCAUUGCCUGUAUUGGUAUCGUCAUUGGAUCAUCGGUUGCCACUGACAAAACUGGUCCUCUCAUUAUCUUUUCUGCUGUUCUUUUCCUCUUCACUUACUCCCUCGGAUGUGGUGUUGUUCCCUGGAUCAUGACUGCCGAACUCUUGCCACUUCAUGCUCUUGCUGCUGGCUCUGCUCUCGGUAACAGUUCCAACUGGCUGGUUAACUUUGUUGAAAAUACCCUUUGGCCCAUCAUUGAAUCUCACUUGAACAACUAUUCCUUCAUUAUUUUCAUCAUCAUCAACUUUAUUGGCUUCUUGUUCUGCGUGUUCUGUCUCGAAGAGACUACUCACAAGGAUCUUGACCGUGACCACGCGGCAAAGCCUGGCGCUACUGAUUUGGAAGAUAGCAGUAACAGCAACCUUGACAAGGUUGAACAUGUUGAGAACACCAGCGAAACAACUGAAUCCACUCCUGACGAACAGAGAUAAAGCUGCUUUAUCGAGAUCUCAAAUUUACUAGGCAAAUGCCUUCACCUUUCCUCCAAAAAUAUCCAUUUCUUUCCUUUGUAUAUUAUAUUGUACACUAUUCUUUUUUUUCCAAUUAAAAAGGUUACAAAUAGCCUCUCUUGACGAGAGAGCGUUCAACUGUACGUAUAGUACGAUCAAACAUGUGCUAAGAGACGAUAAUCUAUCACCGAUCGCUCUAGCACUUGACUCGGAGCAGUGACGAAG